AGUACCUCUAUGCUAUCAGAAGUUUUCUUCAAGCAAUCACAUCAUGUAUAGCACGACCUAUCAUUUUCUCUAGACUUAGCAUAGCUGUAGCACAUACCCAGCUUCUUUAUCCAACACUAUCCAACUCAGCAAAGUAUUCAUCGACAUCGUCACUCAUCGUUUUCGUUGUCAUUGAAAAAAAUGUCAGACUCAACAGCGGUGUCUGCGCAGGGUUCUAAGAUAUUGUUCGGCCGACUCUUGCAAGAACGAAAAGUUCUCACAGAGGAGUAUGAGUUGUUGGCUGAGGGUGGCAUCUACGUUUAAGGCCACCUCUAUCUCGACGAAUCCAUCUUUAUGGGUAUCCUCCUUCAGCAAGAGCCGUAUACAUAGAUACACAGAUCUGACUCUUGAAGGAGGAUCUCAUUCCCCGUCCCUUCAGGGGUGGGCUCACUAGGGUUACCUCUAAUACAUGGACUGGGGAGAUGAGAUGCAAAGUCUGCGAGCGAUGAUCAUUGGACCGAAGGAUACGCCAUAUGAAGACGGUUUCUUCUUCUUCGAUGUGAAGAUACCAUCGCAGUACCCGUUUGUUCCUCCGAGUGUCACUUUUCGGACGACGGAUCAUAGAGUCAGGUACCGUAUUCGCCGAUACUAGUAGAUAUCAUUUCUUGGGCCUUAGUACAUUUUUGCAAUACUGCGCAGUAAUGUUUCGAUGUUAAGCGAACGUAUCGGAAGCAGGGCGCCCGUGGGGGCAGCUGCGACACCGGUCCCCUGCCCGGGAGCAGUAGCGCCGGGACUUUUUGGUGUGCCCAACGCGGCUGGGCAUUUACCAAAAGGCACGCAGCAGAGCGGAAAGCAGUGUGCAGGGGCCUGAAUUCUCAAAGCGAAAGAGGGGCGCGAGGCUUCAUGGCGAACACAAGCCGAGGCGUCUCUCAAAUGGCGCCUGAGGAAGCGCGGGGUAGGUGUGACAUCUAUUGAAGGGGCAGGCGUAGGUUCGGGUCUUCAGCGUCUGACCCAUUUGGGGACGAGGUAGGCUGCGGGGCACCGGUGUAAAUUCGCCUGUGUCUUCCAAGUUGUAUACAUCUGGGCGCUUCGUUCCUUGCGCCGGUGAAGGGGUUCAGAUAGAUGCAUCAUUUGCCAGACACAUGCUGCUGCAAAUGGUGGCGGCUUGCGUGUGGUGUGCUGCCUGUCGACUCUCAUGGAGGGGGUGGCGAAUUCUAGCGCGGCCCCGCGUUGCCGCUAGAUGUAGCCGGGCUGGCUGAUUGUGGUGCCCGGCUCACUUAGAUAGCGGCCAACCUGCUGACGCGGGCGCGGCUAAGCGUUUCCCACUCGUUGCGCCUCGCCUGCCAGUGUAUCCACCGAAUCGCCGAAGGCCGGCCCAGGACAAGCAUGGCGCGCGCUGCGCUUGUCUUUGCUGGUCAAUCGUGGCCCUGGGUGUGUGUUCCAUUAGCGGAGGCGGAGACGCCGGCCGCUCGCAGAUCUUAGGCUUAGCUGUGAUUCUCUUUCAGCCCGCUGCUGACCAGCAUGGCUGAAGUCUCGCCAAGUAGUGCUGUGGAUUUCGUAGCAGUUCCACACGGCUGACAAUGGUGGCGAGUUUGAUCGCCUCAAUUCUCAAAGCUUGGCGCCGGGAGAAGUGACGGCAGUAGCUUCAUCAUAUACCCAUUCUCGUUAUUGUCGUUGAGCUUGAGUGUAUCUCUUAUCGUUAUCAUCUUCAAAUAGCUCUACUGACAGACUCCCCGGGUGCAACUAGUAAGUAGGUACACAUCAAACAGGUUCCACCCAAAUCUGUACAUCGAGGGGAAAGUGUGCCUCUCUAUCUUGGGAACCUGGCCAAAUGGACCUGCGUGGCAGACGUGCAUGUCUAUAAAAUCUGUCCUGCUGACGAUUCAGUCUAUCCUGGCAGCACAUCCUCUGACGAACGAACCUGGAUACGAAAAAGAAGUGAAUACUUAUGAUGGGUGACGCUAUAAAUUGCGGGAGUGAGGUUGUUCAUCCUCAGUUUUCAGAAGCACCAUGCAUCGUUUCCGAUGUAUUGUCCUAUACCUUGUGAAACGCAACACAUCAUGCUCUCUCCUUCUUUCCUCUCCUCUCCCCCCCUGACUUUCUCUCCAUCUAAUCUUCCGAAAAAGACAAAUUGUAUUCGAAGAUGAUCGAUUUUGAGUCUAUCAACGUGGCGAUAUACCGGAUGUUGCGGCACCCUCCAGAGACGUACGAUUUUUUCGUGCCGAUGAUGCGAUUGCGGUUUUUGGAUGCGUACGAUUCGUUGGAAAAACGGUUACAGAACUUUAUCGACUCCCACCCGCAAAUGAAAACGGAAGCCCUUCCCUCGUCCAAAGACAGCUGUAUUAUGGAUGAUAAUGUUUUUCUACUCCUACUCUUUGUUGUUGCACUAUCGUAAUCCUGCUUUUUCUCCAAUAGUCUGAUGAUAUGACGAACCAGCAUAGAUCAUCCAUUUUCCUGCUCUAAUUGUAGCACGUCCGCAUCUACUCCCGUCGGCUCAUCAAGCCCAGAGUGCACAAGUGAGCAGGAAAAAGAAAACCAAAAACCCGCAGCUGCGCCCAAGAAUUUGAUCCGUGAUGCGACUAAGGGGAUCUCUAGCUCUCCACAGAAGUCAACAUCGCUUUUAGACGCCUGUUACGUCCAGCAUGAAGCGAAGGCGCGUGCCACGAAGAACGCCUAUGGGUCUGAAGCAGGCUACGUCCUCCAGGGUGAAGUAGGGGACGACGGCCCACCGUGGUAUAGCUCUAUGGGCAAAGGCACGUCUUCUCUGAGUGGUAGUGGUUCGUCCUCAAAUGCAGCUAUUCUUGGCCAACUGAAAGGAGGAAAGAAAGGCCCAGUUGAGAUGUUGGAACUGUUAAAUGAGAAAGCUGAAAAGGGGGACCAGAUAGCGAAGAAAAUGCUGAACAAGCACCACUCGUUAUACGGUGACAACUUGUUGAACGGACCACUAGGUUCUUCAAAUAAUGCUUCAACAACGAGUUCAUCAACGUCAACAACAGCACCUCCAACAAAAUCAUUAUCUUCUGAAGGACCUUCUACGAGUGCGACAGCGACAAAUGCAACGACCAGUAAUGUGAAAGUGAUUCAGCGAACGGGAAUCAAUGUAACAGCCGUGGGUGGUGCUGCGAACGUCGUCACUGCACCGAUAUACAAUUAAGGCUAGGUGGUAGUCUUAUCUUUAUCAAUUACAGUGCAAAAUUUAUGCUCAUAGGGUAUUACUGCACCUACAAAAAGAAUUCAACUAGCACGUGCUAAUUCGAACAUGCUCUCAUACCCUGUGUACCAUGACAACUAUAAUACAGCCUGGCCCCUCUACUUCUAAAACACGUUCCAGAGUUCGUUUUCUACAGUCAUAAAGCCUGUCCCCUCUUCUACUUCUAAAACACGUUCCAGAGUUCGUUUUCUACAGCGAAAAUACUAUUGGACGAACUGGAAGCGAUGAAAAAUCAAAUCGAGGAGGCGCUAGAUGAAGAGGAGGAUUCAGACGAAGACGAGGCUUAAGAACUGGAUGGUGCUGAAGCACAGCACUGGAUGGUGCUGAAGCACAGCACUGGAUGGUGAAGGACUGUGUAAUGUAUGAAAGAAACUAAUAGAUUCUGGAAACAAAAAAGAAAGCUGUAUUAACCAAGUAGAGUGGGCAAACUUUGAAUCGCUCUUUUCCUUGACGUCUUUGAAGAACAAACGUGAGUCGUUUUUUAUACCUAUUGCAUACUAGGCCAUGCGGUUGUUAUUACCAUGAUUAUUUGGACAUACAUUAAGAAUCCAUGAUCAUGCAUACCAUCGCCCUCAUGAUCCUUCCAGUUUAGCUAGCAAAUUCUCUGAGCUCUGACUGGUGAGGAGCACACUUCUAACUGUAAAAAGAAGGGACAUGAAGAUUUAUCAUGAUCACAUUGAAAAAUCAUGACGUUAUUUUCUCCAACAUGAAAAGAUAGUGGAUCCGCAGAAACCGAGGACAACGUGUUGUUCAGUUCUGGAAACUAAAGUUGUAUGACGCACGAUCAUGAUUCACACCAUCUUACAACGCGGACAAUCAUCAUGGUAACGUGAUCCUAACAUUUUCAUUUUGUCUCAUGUGUCAAUUGGCG